UCAUACUAACUAAACCGCAUUGAACUUGUCACUCACGCUCAUGGCUACCAGCUGGGGGAGAACCUAAAGGCUACGCAAUCAGUCGCAGCUACUAGAUCAACCGCACUGCGCUUAACUAAAUCUCAGCUUCAUUUCUUUCUCAUUUGCUCGCUUAGCGAGCGCGUUUAAACCGGUUUCAAAGUGCGCUUCUUGCUGUAAAGAUUUCAAAAUUCAAAUGUAAACAAACUUUUUCGAAAAUCAAGCCACAGUUGAUGUCGAGCUAUUGCCGAGUGCGGAGGCGCUUAAAGUAAAAGUUUGCGUUUUGCGUUAAAAAAAAAUAAACAAAAUCAGUAGAAUUUUAAGUUGCAAAAGUAAAACGCGUAACGGCAAUAAAUCGAAAAAAAAGUUUUGUGCAGCACGAUUGCAAUUUCCUAUUGUAUAAUAAAGAGGGCGUUUUUACAGUGAUAAAAAAGAUAUUAUUUACAACCUUUAAAAAAUAAUUAAAAUUUUUUUUUUAAUUGAAAUCCGCCCUCAAGUAUUAAGUGUCUCAAGGGGGUGUGGAGUUCACAAAGUCCAAACAACAAUAACAACAACAGUGAAUCUGGCAAUUUUCAAAGGCGUAUGAUUUUUCCUGUGUCAUUUUGCAUACAAACUUACGUGCAAAAAAAUUAAAAAUAUUAAAGUGAUUAAAAUAUUUGCUAUUAAUAAAUCAUAGAUUCAUUUAGUUCAUAACCAUAUAUUUAUUUAAUUGUCUAUGCUGUAACGAGAUGUAUGCAAUCAAGUGUUGGAAUACAUACAUUAUUUUUCUGCUGGCAAUCUUAUCAACAUUAAAUGCGAAAACAUACGCCGAAGGGUUUGACGAUGGAAAGCUACGCGUCUGCAUCGUGGAGUCUCGUGGCACAUAUCGCAAGACACCGAAAUUUUGUCCGCUCCUCGAGGCUACCAGUAAUAUUGAGUGUGUGAUUGGCGUAGAUCGUUUGGAUUGUGUGCGUCGGAUACACAAGGGCACAGCGCAUUUUGGCGUACUCUCCGCAGAGGAGUUAAUAGCCGCGCGUUGGGCUAGCAUGGAAAUUCUGGUUACAAGUGAGAUGCGUUCACAUGAUGCACAUUUCGAAUAUGAAAUAGUCGCUGUGGUCGACAAUGAAGCAAACAUACACACAGCACACGAUCUGCGUGGUGCGAAGCUUUGUCAUCCCGGUUAUGGAUUGGGUAAUCAUUGGACGGAUGUGUUGGCUAAUUACUUUGAAUCGACACUCAUCUCCAAGUCGUGUAAUCCGGAAAUUUCGCUGGUAGAAGAUCGCAUUAGUGCUUCAGCAAAAUAUUUCGGUCCCAGCUGCAAGGCCGGACCAUGGGUACCGAAUCCAACAGAGGAUCGUCGACUGAAAGAUCGUUAUCCAUCGCUUUGUCAACUUUGUUACGAUUCAUACCGUUGCGAUAUUGGCGAUAAGCAUUGGGGACGUCGUGGCGCGCUCUACUGUCUGACAAAUGGUGUUGGCAAUGUCGCUUGGGCGCGUUUAGAUGAUGUGCGCAGUCAUUUUGGCUUAACGGGUCUGCCACCACAAGCGAAUCCUUCGGAGUAUAGUUAUCUGUGCGCAGAUGGUCAUCUCCAACCUAUCACAACGGAACAUCCUUGUGUUUGGGCCGCCAAACCCUGGCCGGUUAUAGCAGCGCGCCGCAGUCAUGCUGCUCAAAUACAAAAUUUGGUCGCCGGUUUGAAUCACAACGAGCCAAACAGUUGGCAGAAUGCUUUACUCAGCUUAUUGGAGAAUUAUCAUGUCGAAAUCGUCACACUGGAUAAUGUUAUACCCAUCGAUGAUUACCUAGAUCAAGCGCCUGCAUUCCAGAGCGCCUAUAGCUUCCCCGAGUGUAAUCCACCUCGUUCAAUAGUAUUCUGCACCACCUCGAUAAUUCAGCAUAUUAAGUGCUCGUGGCUACAGGAAGCCUCACAAGUGUAUGGCGUCGAACCGAAUUUACAGUGCGUACGCUCCGAGAGUACUGACUCCUGCAUGGAUGAUAUUAAAUACAAAUCCGCUGAUGUGGUGCUAGUCGAUCACGAAAAUCGCAUUAAGGCUCAGCGUGAUUACAAUCUCGUGCCAAUACUAUACGAAUACGCCCAGGAUAUGCAUGAACGUUAUGUCAUUAUAGCUGUGGUGCACAAAGAUUCGAAAUUCAAGUCUUUCGAAGAUCUAGAAGGCGCCAAGGCCUGUCUAUCCUCUUUCGAGGGGCCAACACACUUGUCUGUACAGGAAACUAUCGUAAAUGUUACGCAACGUAUGACCAGCUUGCAAUCGUAUUUCCACCGCGACUCCUGCACAUGGCAUCCGCAAGCGCACCGCAGUUGUCCGGAUAGUUAUCGUGGCGAUGAGGGCGCUCUACGUUGCUUGGCCGAAGGUGGUGAAGUUGCCUUCUUAAGUUCGGCCGUCUAUAAAAACUAUACAGUCGGCAAUUUGACGGCGAAAUGGGUGCGCGAUACUGGACACAAAUCAUUCCGCGUACUGUGCCCGUACGGCGCCAAUGAGCGUCACUCUAAAUUCGAAUACUGUUACAUGCACUGGACCACACGUGGUCAUCUAAUGACGCACAACAACUCACUGACGCGUAAUAACGAAAUUUAUAAUUCUUUGCGUGAUAUCGAUCAACUCUUCGGCAAAAGUUAUCGACCAGAAACUCGUCCGUUCACAAUGUAUGGUGUAUUUGAUAAACGUAAUAACGUUAUGUUUCGCGAUAAAACGGAUGGACUGAGAGGAUUGUCGGACUUGAAGACAGACAACUCGAAACGAAUUAUGGAAGACAUUUUCGAAAAAUAUGUGCAAAAUUUGUACGUUGAUCCAAAUUCGAGUCAAACGUUGAGUUGCCCUUUCACACUGGUGGCGAUUUCGUUAGUUUUAGUCGCGAGAAGAUUAGUGAUUGCAAUGUUGUGAUCAUUUACACACAAAAAGUCAUUAAUUUAAUUUAUACUCGAUAUGCUACUUGAGAGACGAGUCUUACGUAUACUUAUUUGCAAAGAAAAAAGUAUGCGAUUUUGUGAUAUUAUUUUAUAUUCUUCGUUUGUAUUUUUAUAAGCUAAAUGCCAUCCAAGUAUCUUAUCUUUCGCAGGUGUCUGUUUAUAUCAAUAAAUGUAAUACUGAAAUGUCAUAUCAUUCCAACGGCAAAAAAAAAA